GGGGGAGAGAGGAGAGAGAGAGAGAGAGAGAGGGAGAGAGAGCAACUCCUCGCGGCUCUGAACGCACCACAUGCAAAGUAAACAGGAGGACCGCUCCGCUCGUGGAGGACAGCUGCUCGUUUCACCCGUGGAUACAAUUACACAAUUGCCGUCGUCUCAAAACCCUUUCUGUGGGAUACUCUGGCUGCAUCCUCUCACUAUACCACUUUUAUUGCCUCUUCUGUAUCACCCUCUUUUUCCUUUCUCAUUUUCCUCCCUUCUCCUCAUCCUUGAGCAUCCCCCUCGCCUCGUAAGUCUUCUCGCCUGCCUGGCUAACUUUUUUCACCCGACUCCAUCCCACACGACCUCCCUCAUCGCUCACUAAAUCCUCGGCAGUUUCCCCCAGUAGUCUCUUCUUAUUGCAGCAGCCUCCCUUGGAUCGGGCGGAACCCAUUUCGUCAGGCUACACGGGGCACUGCUCCAUGGGGCGCGCGGUGUCGCUCGGAAAAUGGUCUGCUGUUGGUCGCUAGGCGCCCCGCUGAAGCUGUCGGGAUUGGAAUUGUCGGUGCGCGUCUGCGUCUCUUUCUCACCUCGCCUGUGUUGUCGGGGCCAGUGAGAUAUGGGUCUGUCCGUGGCGGCGCAGGCACCGCUCGAGGAGCCCCGACGGCUGCGCCAGUGGAGCACCACGGCAGGAGGCUGGCUCAGGAUCACACUUGUCUCGUUUCUCACCACUUUACCUGUGGAGCAGCUGCGCGCAUUCCCUUCCUCCCUCAGCGACUGCCAGACGCCGACCGGCUGGAACUGCUCCGGUUAUGAUGACCGGGACACAGAUCUGUUCUUAUGCGAUACCAACACAUGCAAGUUUGAUGGGGAGUGUCUAAGAAUUGGGAACAUGGUGACAUGCAUUUGUGAUUUCAAGUGCAACAACGACUAUGCCCCGGUGUGUGGCUCCAACAAUCAGAACUACCAGAACGAGUGUUUCCUGCGCAGGGAUGCCUGCAAGCAACAGUCUGAAGUCCUCAUUAUGUCAGAAGGCGCCUGUCCUGCGGAUGCCGGCUCAGGAUCAGGAGACGAUGGAGGAGAGGGCUCAGCUGAAGCAGGACAAAAGGAGACGUCCACAUGUGACAUUUGCCAGUUUGGGGCUGAGUGUGAUGUAGAUGCAGAGGAUGUUUGGUGUGUUUGUAACAUCGACUGUUCCCACAUCAGCUUCAACCCGGUGUGUGCCUCAGAUGGCCAUUCCUAUGACAACCCCUGCCAGGUGAAGGAGGCGUCCUGUCAGAAACAGGAACGCAUCGAGGUCAAGUACCUGGGCCACUGCCAAGGAGACAUCAUAACUGGGAACAAAGGCGGAGAUGGGCACUUUGCGCGGACUGACCUCACAGUAGAGGAAAAUGAGGACCCGAGGAAUGAGCUGGCCCGUGGCCUGUACAUCCCCUGUCCAGAUAACUACAAAAACUACUGCAUCCACGGAGAGUGUCAGUUCCCCAGUAUACUGGCCCAGCCUUCCUGCAGCUGUCACUCGGGUUUCAGGGGCCCCCAGUGUGAGAUCAAAGAGUACAAUGUGCUCUAUGUGGUACCAGGAUCUGGCAAACUGCACUACGUCCUCAUUGCCUCUAUCAUUGGAGCACUCCAGGUGGUCAUCAUCUGUGUGGUGGUGCUCUGCAUUACCAGGAAGUGCCCUCGAACCAAUAGGAUCAACCGGCAGAAGCAGAACAAUGUACACUUCAGUUCAGAGAACACCAUGCGCGCCUCCACCCGACUUAUCUGAGCCCAGACACACCGGACAGAGUACCCCUCCACUUUGCGGAGAGCUGUGGUGUUAGAUGUUCCCCUUGUAGGCCAACCUCGAAUAUUAGGAUCUGCUUCCCCUCACUCCGCGCCUUCUCUCCCACUAUGAACUUUAAGAAUGCCCGGGGAGGACACUGGCAGAGCAAAGACAGAGCUGGAACACCAGUCAGUGGUGAGACUCACUCAUGGGGUUAGUUGUCAUGAGUCUUCGCCGCCAACCCCCCACGUGUCUCCUUGCACUUUGUCACUUCCGUCCAGGGUUUUUCUGACAAACUGAACCAUGAGGUGUUUGGGGGCAUGGAGGAUACUGAAUGUGUGUGUGUGUGUGUGCAUGUGUGUGUGUGUGAGAAUGUGUAUUAGAUGUGUGAGCUUUGGUAGAGGCGAGCUAGCCGGUGUCUCUUAUUUGUAGAUGAGGGGUUAAAGCAAAUUGGGGUAGUGCAAAGCAGGGUACUGGGCUUUAAAUGAGGUGUGUGUUGUUCAGUCUGGGAGGGGGGUGGGGGGUUUUGGGGCUACACGUGAUGCCUUGCACCUUGUGUUAUAGGAGACCUUUGACAGAGGGCACAAUGUUAUUGUAGAGCUCUCUGUUCGGUUGUGACGAUGACGUCAGCUACUGUAUCUUGGGUUCUAUUUCCAGUAGUUACUACUACGUUGUCUUGAUGGGGUCAUUUUUCUGUAAAUGUAAAUAAAUAAUUUAUAUCACGAAAUGUAA